AUGCAUAAAAUCAUGCAGAUAUAGGUCAAGAGCAUCAGGUAAUGUUUAAUGAUCACAUCAGAACUUCAGAAUUUGUUAUAGCAUGGUUGUUGGUACCAGAUGGGCUGGUAUGAGUAUUUCAGAAACUUCUGUUCUCCUGGGACUUGUCAGCCAAGAACAAGAAUCUGAGGCUAUCAUGGGCACAGGUUUCCCCAAACUGGACAGUUGAAGAUUAGAGGGAAAGAAAAUCACCUGGUCCUUUCCCAGUCUUCAACUGUCCAGUUUAGGUGUGUCUGUGCUCACUGUUGUGUGUGAAAAUCCAAGGAGAUCAGUAGUAUCUGAAAUACUCAAACUAGCCCAUCUGGCACCAACAACCAAGCAAUGGUUAAAGUCACAGAAAUCACAAUUUUCUUCAUUCUGGUGUUUGAUGUGAACAUUAACUGAAGCUCUUGACUUGUAUCCGCAUGAUUUUAUGUACUGUGUUCCUGACACAUGAUUGGCUGAUUGGAUAACUGCAUAAAUGAGCAGGUGUAUAGGUGUUCUUAUUAAAGUGUGUAUGAGACCAAGAUAAAUCAUUUCAGAACUUUUUCCACCUUUGAUGUGACCUAUAACCUCUACAACUCAUCUGAAAAACAAACUGAAAUCUUUUAGGGGGGGGCAAGUAAAAAUAAAAAAACAAAAUAAUGUGGUUGCAUACCCUCUUAUAACUGGGGAUGUGGCUGUGUUCAGAAUUAAGCAAUCACAUUCAAACUCAUGUUAAAUAGGUGUCAGUACACACCUGCCAUCAUUUAAAGUGCCUCUGAUUAACCCCAAAUAAAGCUCAGCGGUUCUUGUAGGCUUUUCCUGACAUUUUCUUAGUCGCAUCUUACAGCAAAAGCCAUAGUCCACAGAGAGCUUCCGCAGCAUCAGAGGGAUCUGAUUAUUAAAAGGUAUCAGUCAGGAGAAGGGUACAAAAGACUUUCCAAGGCAUUAGAUGUACCAUGGAACACAGUGAAGAUCAUCAUCAAGUGGAGAAAAUGUGGCGCGACAGCGAUAUUACCAAGAACUGGACGUCCCUCCAAAAUUGAUGAAAAGACGAGAAGAAAACUGGUCAGAGAGACUUCCAAGAGGCCUACAGCAACAUUAAAGGAGCUGCAGGAAUUUCUGGCAAGUACUGGCUGUGUAGUACAUGUGACAACAGUCUCCCGUAUUCUUCAUAUGUCUGGGCUAUGGGGUAGGGUGGCAAGACGGAAGCCUUUUCUUACGAAGAAAACAUUUUCUUACAAAAACACAUUUGAAGUCUCCCAAAAGCAUGUGGGAAAAUGUGUUAUGGUCUGAUGAAAACAAGGUUGAACUUUUUGGCCAUAAAUCCAAAAGGUAUGUUUGGCGCAAAAAAGAACACUGCACAUCACCAGAACACCACCAUACCCACAGUGAAGCAUGGUGGUGGCAGCAUGGUGGCAGGGCUGUUUUUCUUCAGCUGGAACUGGGGCCUUUGUCAAGGUGGAGGAAAUUAUGAACAGUUCCAAAUACCAGUCAAUAUUGGCACAAAACCUUCAGGCUUCUGCUAGAAAGCUGAAGAUGAAGAAGAACUUUAUCUUUCAGCAUGACAACGACCCAAAGCAUACAUCCAAAUCAACAAAAGAAUGGCUUCACCAGAAGAAGAUUAAAGUUUUGGAAUGGCCCAGCCAGAGCCCAGACCUGAAUCCGAUUGAAAAUCUGUGGGGUGAUCUGAAGAGGGCCGUGCACAGGAGAUGCCCUCGCAAUCUGACAGAUUUGGAGUGUUUUUGCAAUGAAGAGUUGGCUAAUAUUGCCAAGUCAAGAUGUGCCUUGCUGAUAGACUCACCCAAAAAGACUAAGUGCUGUAAUAAAAUCAAAAGGUGCUUCAACAAAGUAUUAGUUUAAGGGUGUGCACACUUAUGCAACCACAUUAUUUUGUUUUUUUAUUUUUACUCACCCAACCUAAAAGAUUUCAGUUUGUUUUUCAAUUGAGUUGUACAGGUUAUAGGUCACAUUAAAGGUGGGAAAAAUGUCUGAAAUUAUUUAUCUUGGUCUCAUUUUUUUACAUCACAGAAGCCUGGCAUUUUAACAGGGGUGUGUAGACUUUUUAUAUCCACUAUAUAUACAUAUACACUAUAUUACCAAAAGUAUUCGGUCACCCAUCCAAAUGAUCAGAAUCAGGUGUCCUAAUCACUUGGCCUGGCCACAGGUGUAUAAAAUCAAGCACUUAGGCAUGCAGACUGUUUUUACAAACAUUUGUGAAAGAAUGGGCCGCUCUCAGGAGCUCAAUGAAUUCCAGCGUGGAACUGUCAUAGGAUGCCACCUGUGCAACAAAUCCAGUCGUGAAAUUUCCUCACUCCUAAAUAUUCCACAGUCAACUGUCAGCUUUAUCAUAACAAAAUGGAAGAGUUUGGGAACAACAGCAACUCAGCCACGAAGUGGUAGGCCACGUAAACUGACGGAGAGGGGUCAGCGGAUGCUGAAGCGCAUAGUGCAAAGAGGUCGUCGACUUUCUUCACAGUCAAUUGCUACAGAGCUCCAAACUUCAUGUGACCUUCAGAUUAGCCCAAGUACAGUACGCAGAGAGCUUCAUGGAAUGGGUUUCCAUGGCCGAGCAGCUGCAUCCAAGCCACACAUCACCAAGUGCAAUGCAAAGCGUCGGAUGCAGUGGUGUAAAACACGCCGCCACUGGACUCUAGAGCAGUGGAGACGCGUUCUCUGGAGUGAUGAAUCACGCUUUUCCAUCUGACAAUCUGAUGGACGAGUCUGGGUUUGGAGGUUGCCAGGAGAACGGUACAUUUCAGACUGCAUUGUGCCGAGUGUGAAAUUUGGUGGAGGAGGAAUUAUGGUGUGGGGUUGUUUUUCAGGAGUUGGGCUUGGCCCCUUAGUUCCAGUGAAAGGAACUUUGAAUGCUUCAGGAUACCAAAACAUUUUGGACAAUUCCAUGCUCCCAACCUUGUGGGAACAGUUUGGAGCGGGCCCCUUCCUCUUCCAACAUGACUGUGCACCAGUGCACAAAGCAAGGUCCAUAAAGACAUGGAUGACAGAGUCUGGUGUGGAUGAACUUGACUGGCCUGCACAGAGUCCUGACCUGAACCCGAUAGAACACCUUUGGGAUGAAUUAGAGCGGAGACUGAGAGCCAGGCCUUCUCGACCAACAUCAGUGUGUGACCUCACCAAUGCGCUUUUGGAAGAAUGGUCAAAAAUUCCUAUAAACACACUUCUCAACCUUGUGGACAGCCUUCCCAGAAGAGUUGAAGCUGUAAUAGCUGCAAAAGGUGGACCGACAUCAUAUUGAACCCUAUGGGUUAGGAAUGGGAUGGCACUUAAGUUCAUAUGUGAGUCAAGGCAGGUGACCGAAUACUUUUGGUAAUAUAGUGUAUAUACAUUUAUAUACAGUCAGGUCUGGAAGUAUUUGGACAAUGACGAAGUUUUUGUGAUUUUGCCUUUAUACACCACCACAAUGGAUUUAAAAUAAAACAAUCAAGAUGUGAUUGAAGUGUAGACUUUCAGCUUUAUUUUAAGAGGUUCCACAAAAAUAUGGCAUUUACCAUUUAGGAAUUACAGCCAUUUUCAACAAAGUACCUCCAUUUUCAGGGGCUCAAAGGUAUUUGGACAAUUGACUGACAAGAAGUUCAUUGACCAGGUGUGAUCCAUUCCCUCGUUACUUCAAGACAAAUGAAGCAGAUAAAAGGUCUGGAGUUGAUAUCAGGUAUUGAGUUGGCAUUUGGCAGCUGUUCGACUGGAGCUACCAAUAUGAAGUCCAAGGAAAUCUCAAUGCAAGUGAAGGAGGCCAUCAUUAGGCUGAAAAAACAACAUAAAUCUAUAAGAGAGAUAGCAAAAACCUUAGGUGUGGCUAAAUCAACAGCUGGGUAUAUUCUUAAAAAGAAAGAAAGCACUGGUGAGCUCAACAACAUCGAAAGGCCUGGAAGACCAUGGAAGACAACUAAAGUGAAUGAUCGCAGAACCCUUUCCUUGGUGAAGAAAAACCCCUUCACAACAUCAACAGACGUCAAGAAUGCUCUGGAGAAGGGACCAGUUAUUGGUGGAUGGUACAGAGUACUAGACAGAUUUAUCAUUGGGGCGACCAAAAGUACUGCACUGAAGAAAAUGCUAAUUGACCAGGGGUGCUUUGCUCCUUGCUUUCUUGGAGCUUUCCUAGGAAUCUAUGGAACACUCAACGGACUCACUGUGGAAGAAAAUGUAGCUAAGCUCAAGAGGGACUAUAAGGAUGCCUUGAUCACCAAUUAUUAUACUGGCUGUUGUGCAGAUUGUUGCUGUGGCCUGGAAUUCCUACCUCUCAUGGAAAGCCAAUAAAAUGUAGGGAAAUCUAUUGCUGCCCCACUCAUUAUACAUCUUUGAGGAAAUUUACUGGUGACACAAAUGAACUAUAAUUAGUUACUGGCACACAAGGAGAACAUGUGAAACUCCACACAGUCAUUCACCCGACGCCAGGAUCAAACCCAGGACACUGGAGCCGUGAGGUGUCAUUUGAUGUCAUAUUUUAUUUGAUUUGUGUGUGUUGUGAUUAAAGGUUUGAAAGAAAGA